CUUCGCAUAUAUAGGCGUGCAUGCUGGUACUCUUCAAGUAGUACGAAUCACAGAUCGACCUGUGAUCUUCAACAACAACCAGCAACACGACCUCAUGUUACUGAAGCUGCCUCAUACAGUUGUAGGUAUCACACCUGUACGAGCUCCCGACUGUCAACAUCCUCCCAGGAGAGGCGCUGUGGUUCAGGUUGCAGGUCACGCUUCCACAACAGUUGGCCCAUAUAAUACAAGACAACCUGGUUCUUCAGCAACUCUGCAAUGUGCUGAUAUGGACGUCAUCGACUGUCCAUAUCAGCAGUGGAUCUGUGCCUUUAGACAUGGGGUGGAUAUAUGUCGCGGUGACUCUGGUGGAGGAGUGGUGUACCAGGGCAGGAUUCAUGGUGUCAUUGUACUGGGUCAUCCUACACAUGCCUGUGCUGCACCAGCUAGAUUUAUGAACCUCUGUCAUCUGCCAUACUUGAAGUGGAUCACAGAUACUAUCAAGCCACCAGGAGCAGCUUCUGGCUAAUGGUGAAAUGUUCAGUUAUUGAACAGACAUUUAAACAUCUAAAUUUACAGUUGAUGUCAUUGUUCAUUAAAUCUUUAACUAUCAUUUGUUAAUUCGUGAAAUAUUUGUUAUACAAUUGUAUAGGAAUUUGUAAAAUAAACAAUUGUGCCUUUUCCCAUAUGUAAAUUCUAUAGAUGGCUUCUGUUAUCAUACAGUCUUUGUAUUGGAAACAAAACUACAACGGUAGACAUAAUAAUAUUCUGUUCUUCUUUUAGCAAAACUGAAAAGAAAAUGAACAAUUUGACUUUCUUUCCCCAACGUUCUGUCAACUGAAAUAAAAUGAGUAUCAAUGCA